UUGAAAUUUCUGGGCAAUAUGUUACAGCCAGACCACGCCUAGGCGUGCAUAUCCACGCCUAGGCGCAACUUAUCACCACGCCUAGGCGUGGACAAUCCACGCCUGGGCGUGUCUAUUUAAAAAAAAAAAAAAAAAAAAAAAAAAAAAAAAAAAAAAAAAAAAAAAAAACUCUUCAUUAUAUACCACACAAUCUGUACACAGUCACAUACCCACGCCGAGCUUUAUCUCUACCGCGUGCCUAGGCGCACCUCUCCAAUCCUCGCCUAAGCGACAAUCUAAGCGCAUCAGUAAUUAUGCCGCGUCAAAAGCUAGUGGCAUCCAUGCGCAAGAAGCGCACUUCUCGGUUCACAACACCUCAGCCACCUCCUGCAACAGAGGGGUCUACUUCUGGAGCUGCCAUUGAUUACUUUGACAUUGCUACUCUUGUGCCGGAGGUAUAUUUAUCUGCUGAUCUGUUGAACAAGGUUGGGGUAAGAAGUGAGCCUUUCGGCCGGCUCCGCCACUUUUGUUCUUUCAUUGCUACCCCGGAUGUUUCUUCUGCUGCUGAUGUUCCGGUCUAUCCAAGCCUGGUGCGUGCAUUCUAUCGCACCGUGGAAGCAACAGGGCCUGGCCUCUACCAAGCUAUAUUGCCUUCCGGGAUGAUUACUUUUUCUGCUGCUGAUGUUAGUGCCAGUAUUGGACAUCCUACUUCCCAGCCUCCUGAUAGUGGUUUCCAGCCACCUAUUCCUUCUGCCCAGCUGGAGGAUCAUGAGUGGAUGGUCCAACAUUUUACUGGUCGGCGGGGAAAAUUUGUUCGGAAAUCUGCUCUUCCGCAGGUUAUGUAUCUUGUGGACCGGCUAGUGCAUGGUAACUUAUGGCCAACUGGGCACCAGAGUGAGAGGAGGGAGGAGGCCUUGGAGAUUCUUUAUUGUAUCUGGACUGGUACUUGGUUUGAUCUUGGCCACUAUUAUAUUCAGUCCUUUUUGGCUAUCCGUAGGAGCGUGGAGGACACCAAAGUCAAGGUGAAGAGGCUCUUUCUGCCGCGGAUCAUCACUCGCUUGCUGACAUAUCUCCAGGUGCUACCUCUGACUCUGCAGUCUGUCUCUCUUCCCAUGGAGGCGUAUGAUUUGAGCAACUGGCGUAUUAGUAUAGCUCGUAUUCGCUCUGCCCCUGCUGGGAGAGCUCGAUAUGCUCCGGGUGUGCAGCAGUUUGCGGAGGAGGACGAGGAUGGCGAGGAGGAGGAUACCGCUCCGAGUGAUGCCGAUGCUGCUGAUCAUGAUACUCGGAUCAAGGAGAUGAGCGACCAGCUGACUCGUCUUGAGCACACUUUCCAGUCUCAUGCUGAGUAUGUCCAGCAGCAGUUCCAGACUCAGGGUCAGCAGAUUACUGAUGUCCUAUCCAUGCUCCAGGAGAUGCGGCGCGACAAAAAUCUCACUUAUGUUCGCCGCAAGACCUCUGGUGGACCCACUCAGUAGUUUCCCCUGCAGGUUGUAUUGUUCUACGCUUGUCAUCCAUUUUAUUUUGUCCCGAUUAUUCCUCUCUUAUGCUUUGAGGACAAAGCUUGUUCUAACAGUGGGGUGGUUGGGUAGUCUUAUUUUAUGCUGCUGUUAUUAAGGUCAAGUACUAUGGAUGAUGCCCUCUUAUUUUCUGUUAAUCUGUGCGUGGAUGGACUCCCUUAUGUUUCAUAUUUAAGUUGCGAACCCAUCUUGUCCCCUUAUAUGCUUGAGGAAUCAUUGAUGCCUACUUGAUUAUUUACGAAAUUGAUUCACUUGCAUUGAAAUGUA